AUGGAUUACUACACAAUCACGCUCAUUAUCCUCAUCAUACCACUCAUUUUUGCUUCCUAUAGGCAUCACAGACAUGUGACAUUGAAGGUGGUUCGAGCCUCUGCGGCCGAGGCUGGUCGUCUUGAUAUGAUCGACGAUGAGAUACACGAUAUUGAUCAUGACUCGACUGGUGACAGAUAUUACAAUUUUCGCAAUAAGUUCCUGUGGGUUUAUGGCCUGGCCAUGGCUGCAGAAUGGCUCCAGGCAUCUUAUUUAUACAGCUGUCUGAAAAAUACCCAUAAACUAUCAGAGCCUGCCAUUGCGACUCUCUUUGCCACCGGCUUUGUCUCUGCUGGAAUCAGUGCACUAUUCGUGGACUCACUGGCAGAUAAGCAUGGCAAAAAGUUCAUGUGCCAAUGCUACUGCUUGAUUUACUCAGUCUCCUGCCUUACUAUGCUUACGGGCAAUCUAGUAAUACUAUUUGCCGGGAGAGUCAUGGCUGGAUUUUGCACCACCUUGCUUUACUCAGUGUUCGAGAGUUGGAUGACGGCUGAGUAUAAACGACAAGCAUUUGGGGACCGUGGGACUGCCUUGAGCACGAUAUAUAGCAUGAUUACUGUGACAAAUGGUAUUGUCUCUGCCGGAAGCGGCAUUGUAGCUCAAGUGGCUGUGAAUGCCUUGGGCUCACAUACCGCUCCAUUCUUACUCAGUAUCGUCUGUCUAAGCUUGGCACUGAUGGUUAUCACUCGGUCCUGGGCCGAGAAUCGUGGGACACCAAGCAGAUCCUCGAUAGGCGAAAGCUCCUGGAGAACUAGCGCUGUCUCUCUUCUAAAAGACUCGAGUCUUACUAUUCUCACACUAACCUUGUGCUUCUUCGAGGGCUCUGUCUACGUUGUCCUUUACUCUUGGCCCCAGACAAUCAUGUCAGCGCGCUUCCAUGAGAGGAUCUGGGCAAACCCUCCUUUCGGUACCAUAUUUUCGAGUCUCAUGGCCGCAAUGUCUCUAGGCUCUUUCAUGUUUCUUUAUACCUCGCUUGAUGCAAACUCGAUACAACUUUCAUCACGGACAAUACAGCUUGUGUCAUCUAUCUCGGCCUCGGCUCUUCUGGCGACAAUUCUCCUUCGAGAUGAGUUAAGUCGUUUUUGGGCGUUCUGCAUCUUCGAGAUAUGCGUCGGACUGUACUAUCCGAGUAUGACUUAUCUCAAAAGCCGGCUGUUUCAGGAGGAGCGAAGAGGUCGAGUUCAUGGAUUGAUGAGGGUUCCACUCAAUCUCUUCACCGUGUUCUGUCUGACGACUGUUGGCGAAGGAGAUGAAAGCCGUGAGAACAGGCUCAUAGUAUGCAGUAUCCUGCUCUUGCUUGGGGUUCUUUUGAUGUCUCAGUAUGCUCCUAAGCAAGGCAGAGCCUGUUAA